CACGCGGCCACUCAAUACUCGCGGCGCAGGAGCGCUCCGUGUCAACUCGGCUGCCGCACUUGGCGCUAAGCAGCGCCUGCUCCCGCCUCUCUCUCUCUGUCUCUCUCUCUCUCUGUCUCUCUCUUUCUCUCUCUUUCUCUGGUCGCUUCAGCUAUUUGGCUCAUUUAUUUUUUAAGGUCUGACUUAGUGCGUUCAUUUUUUUUUUCUUCGAAAUGUUCGUUUAGAGGGUUUCUUUUUUUUUAAUUCUUCGGCUCCGCCACUCACGACAAUUUUGUUAGUGGUUCUUGUUGUUGGGUUUGUUUUGCGAGACAGCCGCGUCUCAAUAUCACUGCCUUCCGUGUCUCAAUCAUCGUCAUCAUCAGCAUCGUCGUCGUCAUUAAUCUCAAAAUAAUUACUAAUACUAUUUGCAUCAUCAUCAUCAUCAGUGGCAGCAGAAAUGAUAAUGCAGCAGUAAUAAUUAUCAUCAGCAGCGGCGGCAGCAUAAAUGAUAAUAUCAACAGUCAUCAUCAUUAUUAGCAGCAGCAGCAGUCAGAGUAAUAAUACCAGCAGCAGUUAUAACUUACAACAAGUGACUGGAGCAAUCGGAGUCGAUAGGCAUGCGCAGUGUUUCAGGUUACUGCUAUUCAAAUUGAACGAAAACCGAUGAUGGUAAGCAAAAGAGUUGACUAUCCAGCUUGCUGAUGCCUCAUCGCUGUUGAUACACCAGAGGUGAAUUGGUGACCAUAUCGUGGGGGUGGUGGAGAUGGUGGAGUUGGUGGUCCGUGGUGAUCGUUCGGGGUGAUGUUUGGCUCUGGCUACAAUUGUGACGCGAGGGCUUCAGCCGUGCGAGUCGCAUUACGCAGAGAGCCGGCUCGCUCUGACGGUGCCGUUGCAGGAGGGGGGGGGACCGUCUGGCAGAGGCGCGGGGGGCCACGAGGAGUUAGACAACUCGGCAGACAUUGAGACACAUCUGACGUUUUGUUGUUUGUCGCGGGCAAUGCCUAGGGGAGAUUGGCAGCUAGAACACAACUCUAAGCCAGUGUAGAUCAAUAGACGCAUGGACAGACAGAUGGGUAGAUAGAUGAAGAGACAGAUACCGAUACACAGAGACAGACAGUUCGAGGAACACGAAGAUAGACAGACAGACGCAAGGACAGACAGAUACCAAUGCACACAGAUAUCGGCCUAAACGAUAGAUACACACAAGGACAUAUACAUCUGUCAAUCUCCAAAAACAAAGAGAUUGACAGAUACAGGGACACGGAAACAAGGACAUACAUCGAUCAAUAAAAAUAGGAAAACAGGUGGACGAUUACAAAGGACACGGACAUGGACCGACAGAAUUAAGAACAAAAAGCUUUUAGCAGAUACAAGGACAGCCAUCUAGAUAAGAGACACCGAGUAGAGAGACACUGGGUAGUGAGACACUGGCUAGAGAGACACUGGGUAGUGAGACACUGGGUAGUGAGACACUGGUAGAGAGACACUGUGUAGAGAGACACUGGGUAGAGAGACACCGGGUAGAGAGACACCGGGUAGAGAGACACCGGCUAGAGAGACACUGUGUAGAGAGACACCGGUAGAGAGACACUGUGUAGAGAGACACUAGGGAGAGAGACACCGGGUAGAGAAACACCGGGUAGUGAGACACUGCUAGUGAGACACGGGUAGAGAGACACUGGCUAGAGAGACACUGGCUAGAGAGACACUGUGUAGAGAGACACUGUGUAGAGAGACACCCGUAGAGAGACACCGGGCAGAGAGACAGAGGCACGCACAGCUGCAGUGCCCGAGGCGCCUUGCACGGUGGGCAGAGGAGCCGAGGGCGUUGUAGCGGUGCCAGACCGCCCUGUGGCGAUGGGUGCCGCAUGGCUCAUCGGGAGGGCGCCGCAACUCGCCAUGAAGUAAAAUCAGCGCAGUCCACACCAUCCCAGCGCGAACGUCAACCCCGGAGGAAGGGGCCCUCGACCCUGCCGGCCCUCUGGCCCCACAGUGGGGGGUGGGGGGGGGGUGGGGAGAGGGGGUCUCUCGCCACGACUCCACGCGGCGCCAGCACCAUGCGCGACCAGAGGCUCAGGUGGAGAAGCCUCGUCCUGGUGUGUCGCGCCUUCUGCCUGGUGAGAUGCGCCAGCAGGGACCUGGGACGCAUCGAGCCACCCCGAGUCCCACUCAUCGCGUCGCCCUUCGAAGCCGGCAAAGGUCUCGUCUUGGCCGACGCGGCCGGGAGAGCCGAGCAACCACAGCUGUCCACCGCCACCACCACCACCACCACCGCUCACUGCCGGCCGGUGGAGCGACGUCCGCCUGCGCUGGAACCGGCACCGUCGUGGCUCCAGGAGGCGCUUAGGUGGGGGGGUUCCGUGCCUGCCGCGGGCCGACCACGACCUCGGAGCAAGCGGAGGCCUGCGGUGAAGACGGGCAAAGUGAAGAAGAUGUUCGGCUGGGGGGACUUCCACUCGAACAUCAAGACGGUGAAGCUGAACCUGCUCAUCACGGGCAAAGUGGUGGACCACGGCAACGGGACGUUCAGCGUCUUCUUCAGGCAGAAUUCCACGGGUCAGGGCAACGUGUCCGUGGUGCUCGUGCCACCGGGCACGGCCGUGACCUUCGAGUCACCGUCGCCAAACAACGCGUCCGACGUGAAGAAUCUCGCCCCGCCGCCGUCAUCCACCACGACCGCCUCCUCGACCUCGGCAUCCACGGCAUUCAAUUGCCGCGUGGAGUACGAGAAGGUGGAGCACGCCAAGAAGACGUCGCUCUGCAGUCACGACCCGUCCAAGAUCUGCUACCAGGAGCAGACGCAGAGUCACGUGUCGUGGCUCUGCUCGCGCCCCUUCAAGAUCAUCUGCAUCUACAUCGCGUUCGCCAGCGCGGACUACAGGCUCGUGCAGAAGGUGUGCCCGGACUACAACUACCACAACGAGACGCCGUACCACCCCUCCGGGUGAACUCGCCGGGAACAGGGAGAGGGAGGAAGAGCGAGCGAGCGAGCGAGAGGCAAAGGGGGGUUGUAGCUCAGUGGACGACACCGCGGGCGGGCGGACGGUGGACGAAUUGAGUCGUGAAUUAAUUAACUCAAUGAUUAAUUAAGUCAUUGUAAUUAGCAGGGCUUUCAAUUUCUCACCUGAAUAUCCCACACCCCUCCCCCUACCCCCUCUCUCCAGAUACACUGGAGUAGGCGGCACGUGACUAGGGAGUGCUCACAGCCACGACGAGAGAGAGAGUGUACCGUGGCGAGAGAGUAUACUGGAUGUGGUGCGCCCGGGGUGCGGAAAUCUUUUGUCAGGUCACGGACGCGGAAAUGAAACCCUGAUAAUCGUUACUAAAUUAAGGUUUUAAUUGCAACGGUAAAUUAAUGUAAGGGUGGGGAGCGGAGCGGAGCAGUCGCUUUGCGCGCUUGCAUCGGAGUGACGAGAGCGGUGAUGUCUGCAGGGGUCUCUAUGGGCGCUCCCAUUUCUCCUCCAGCCCGCGUUGACCAAAGUGUGGUCCCACAACCCGCAUGAAUGACACGUCUGUCACGGCUCGCGGGGAGGCCGUCAUCCAGCAGUGGAUUGGCAAAUUGACUGUAAAUCAUUAUUAUUAUUGCGACUAUGAUCAUGUCCUGCAUGUAACCGAGCUUGGCACGCAAUGGAAGAGGUCGGCUGCCCUGGUGAAUGUGCCGCGUUCAAUGAGCCCACGGACUGCGUGUCGCACGAGAGAAACCUCUGCGCUAAGGAGUCGAGGCAAGCGAAGCGGUGGAUGUGGGAGCGAGGCCGUGAGAGGACGCGGCUAGGGGGAUGGAGAGACGAGGACUGCCAGAGACGGGGAUGUCCGUCUCGUCGUGGUGGGAGACGACACGAGCGUUGCGGGUGGACACGCGGUUUCAAUUCCCUGGCAUGCGUGGCGAGUUUGUUGUUGUUGAUUAUGAGGAUGAUGAUGAUGCACUUACUAUGAUAAGUAAGCAACAAAAUAUCGUUAGGGUAAGGGGACCUUCGAUUCGUGUCAUCAAUUGUCAACGCAGGGGUCAGUGAGUAUCCACGAGACGUAAAAAUCACGGCGGCAAGACGAAGCGCGUGCCCUCUAUACUACAAGAGUCAAAACCACAGCGCUCAACUUCGCAACGCCGGCAAAGCGGCACAAACAAGAAACAAACAAAAAGAAACAAAAACCAUGCAUACGCGUGGAUUCCGUAACGUUUACCCAACAGCGUGCGUUUGUGCUCGCAGGUACGCAAACGUUAUCCUACUUGCCGCACAACGAGACGACGUCGCCUGUCGAUGAAUGUGGUGGGGGGGGGGGGUCUUCAACAAAGGGUGGGUCCUCUAAUAGCCACGAAACUUUACGCUCAACGUUCAUUAACAGUGAAUUAUCUAAACGAGCCUUGCGUGGUGGCCCACCGCUUACGGACGGACGGACGGACAAACGGGAAGGACGGACAGAGGCGAUGUAUCCACGGGUUACACCCGUCGUUGGAGCCAGAGCGGACACGACGUUUGGCACGUGCGACGAUCCAAUCGGCACGCACAAGGGCAAUGCACGCGCAACGGGCGAACGUGAUUGAAACCUUCCCUUCACGUUCCAGACUAGGGAAAGCGGCGAGCAAAAGAAUAAACACGGAACUGAGAAUUACCGUAUUCUCCAGAUUAUACGACGAACAUCGCCCCCCGCCCCCCCCCCACACACCCCAUGUAUUUUAAAGCAAAGUUGGGGGUGCGUCUUUUAAUCCGGUAGGAGCGCGCGCGUGCGCGUGUGUGUGUGUACGAGACCAUAUUUGUAUAAACUCAAUUGACACCGGUCACAACGCUUGGGGUGCGUCUAACUCUCCGACGUGUCUCAUAAUCGAGAGAAUACGGUGGAAGUAAUAAUCAAGACCCGACGUGUUCAUCACGAGCAAUGUCGUCGACGCAGCCCCCACCACCACCACCACCGCCACCACCACCACCACCACCACCGCCACCACCACCGCCACCGC